CUGACUCUGUCGUUGCCAUUCCUUCUUCCACAGCGAGUGCCACGAGUCUGAAGGCGACUUGUUAAUUAGAGAGGGACGCUGACGCUUUCCAGGCACUAUGAUCUUGUCAAUCUAGCUGAGUGUAUUGGAAGUGGCUGAGGGUGGCUGAGGGGUGAUGGCGCGCCUGCAGGCGCACAACUCGUUCCGCGAUGUGCAGCGGGACUUGUUCGUGCUCCCGUUACUGCUUGUGACAAUCCAUCUUCACGCAAGCAAGCUUUUGGAGGCGGAGCUAUGUGUCUCACAGACUCGGCGGCAGGGUCCAAAUGAAUACUGCGACAGUGGAGCAGACUUCUUCGCAAAAGCUGAAUAUUUAGCCAAUAACUAUGUCCAGCUAUGGUCAUUGAGUGGAGAGGCCUACAUCGUGGCCGCAGCGUUGAUGCUAAUAGCUUGGAUCGCAGCGGCGCUUGCGGCGGUCUGGAGCGACCGGAUGCGAGCCGCUUACAACGGAUGGCUGCGGACAUGGUUCGCUGUAUGCACGAAGCUGGUUGCCAAGCUGGUGACCAUAGCCUACCUGGCCUUCUGGCGGGACCUGCCCCCGUCCUCGUACUGCACCUGGUACCUGCCUCUAGACGGGGCCAUGGUGAUUUGGCAGGCCUACAUGACGCCGGUGGGCGGCAUGGGCCAGGUGGUGCUCGCGGCGACCAACGCCGCCUGCACCUUCGUCAUCUGCUUCUUGCUGUCCGACCGCUGGCCCUUCCAGCACCUCAGCACCGGCACCCUGCUGGCAACCAACCUGCUAUUGGCAUACGCGUCUGUGCUGCUGGCGCAGAGGCUUGAGGCGGCUGAGAAGCUGGAGCAGGCCGCGGCGGCAUCCGCUCAUCCGCCGUCGCCAGCGGGUGGCUCGGGUGCCGCAGCUCCUGUAGAGCCGUCGUCGUCGGGUGCCUGUCCUCCCGGAGGCAGCGCAGCAGCGGGGGACGGCGGCAGCAGCAGCGCAGGCGGUGCGGGGUCAGCACAGGUGCCGGCGCUGACUGGCGCUGCCGCUGGUACAGGCCAGCCCUACCGACAUCAUGAGGCGGGGCCGAGUGGCAGCGCUGGUGGCGCCUACACUCACGGCGCUAGCAGCGCAGCGGGUGGCAGCAUCGGCAGAGACGAAGGGCCCACAGCAGUCGCCCAAAGGAAUCAGCCCGGGGCAACUGUACGUGAGCACCGGUCCUCUGCUGUCGUAGUUGCGUCGGCUGAUGAAAUCACACCUUCGCCCGUGUCUUCUGAUUCGACCACGGUGUCUGCAGACUCCGCAUCCGCUGCGCCCGCUCUGCCGGCCACCGCGGCAGCAGCAGCUGCAACGCCGCCGCCUGCCGCCCACGUCGGUGAUACCCCUCUCAUGGCUGAGGCUCUUGUGCGGUGCGGCGACUCGCCAUUCAGUUCAGGUAACAGCUGCGUCAUGGAAGCAUCACUAUGCUUGGGCAUGGCAGCUAGCCCUGGCGCCGGCUCCCGCUUCGGCACCACCGGCAGCAGUGCCUUCAGCGCUGCCGCGGCCUGCGGCGGCGCCCUCGGCGACAGCGCAAGCAUGGCCAUCGGCAGUUGCGGCUUAAGCAGCGCUGCCACAGAUGCGAUCGGGGACGCGCCGGCGGCGCUGGACACGCCGCCGGCACCUGUUUGUGCGCGCGCGUCGUCGUCACCGUUGGCGCCGACGCCGCAGCCUGCGCAGACGUGGCAGGCGUGUGCCGUUGUGGACGCUGCUGCAACCUCACCUGCAGCGCGCGAGCAAGCCGUUGCGCAGGUGGGGCAGGGCGCUGGGGGCGGCGCCGGCGGCGGCGGGCUGCUCGCCGGCGUUGCCUCCAUUGCGGCAGCGGCCGCCCGGGCAACCUGCGUCGUGAUGGACACGCGGCGGCGCUCAGCCAGCUGCGCCACCGCCCGCGUGCAGCCGGUCAGCACGGGCGGCAUGAUCAUCGCAGCACUGCACGCGCAGGCCUCUGCGUCGGCGUCCGUGUCCGCGUCGGCCUCGGCAUCAGGCAACCUGGCCGCCGCCGCGGCGGCUGCAUGCGCUAGCGGCGCGGCACGUCUGGGCGUGCCCGCAUCGACCGGCGGCGACAGCGACCUGUGCUCGCCGACGCCGGGGCUCACGACGCAGAGCAUGUGCCGCACCAUGAGCCGCGGGCUGAGCCGUGGGCUGGAGGCGCCCUCCUUCUCAACCACCAGCGUCAGCAGCUGCUGCGGCUUCGCACCCUCCUCGCUGCGUGCCGCCUCCGCCCUGACGAGCAUCAUGAGCGAGGCCACCAGCGCGGGCGUGGGCUUGGGCCCGGGCUCGCACCCCAUCAGCGGCGCAUCUGUGGCCGGGUCCAACGCCGGCGGCGGCUGUAACAGUGCUGCCGGCGGCAGCGGCUGUGCCCGGCUGCAUGGCGCCAUGUGCUCAGCGGACACAGCCCACCUGGCUAGCAGCAGCGGAAUGGUGCCGAGCGCGGCCGCGGCGCCAGCAACAGGCACGGCCGGCGUGAGCACCACGGACACGGGCCUUGCGGUGCUGCCGGUCGUGGCUGCGCCGCUGCUGGCAGCUGUUCCGCCCACAGCCACCAGCGCGUUGCCCAGCCCUGCUGCGCAUGCCGUCUACACAGCCCGCGUGUCGGGUGAUGCCGUUGGCUGCGCCGAGGGUGCCGCGUGUCACGCCGCUGGGGAUGCGCUUGCCCUCGCCAUGCCCUCAGCUGCUGCGGCGACAGUGCUGCCGGCCGCGCCGUCACCUAACACUGGGCUCACGGCUGGCAGCAGUGACGCCGGCGUCGGCAGCGGCGGCGUCAGCACGUGCCCCAGCGCGAGCACCGCCGACGGCGGCUCGUCGUCGCAUGCGCAGCACGGUGCGGAGGCGUCUGGCCCCAGCAGCCAAGCCGGCAGCUCGACCACCGCCUCCGCCACCAUGACCCUGCGGCUCUGCUCCUAUCGCUCCUCAAAUGCGAACCCCAACAGCCACACGUUUGACCGCGAGCCGGCGUCGGCGGGCCCUGACCUGUCGUCCUUGUCCGUCAGUGCCGGCGGGCGCGGUGCGUCACCCGCCGCCGCCCAAGCCGCUGAGGCCGGUGUUGCCGCGGCCGCGGCCGUGCCUGCGGCUUCGCCUGCCCUAGCGGCUGCCACGAGUGAUACGGCCGCGACGGUGCCGGGCAGGCCUAGCCGCCGGGCUGUUCAGGCGCCCACGGAGGCAGAGGCGCUGCGCUGCUGCUGCUGCGCUGCGUGCUGCUGCCCUGCCGGCGCCUGCGGCUGCGGCCCUUCCGCCGACGUCUGCCGCAUCACCCAGGUCCUGCCGGACCACGCCGCGGCCGCCGCCCGCGCCCGCGCCACGUCCACCGCCUCCACCUCCAUUGAGAGCGUGCGGCAGCUGAGCGCCGCCGGCGACGCCACCGGGAGCACCGGUGGCCUGCCGCCGGCUGCAGUCCUCCUCAUGGCUUCAGACAACGGCUUAAUCAGCGGCGCCACCAGCGGCGCCGGGGGCUUCAGCGAGGGCGCUAUCGCGGCCGCCAUGGGAGGUGCGGGCUUCUUGGGUGCCGAGCCGGCCAGUGCCGAGCAGCUGGUGGCGUUGGAACGUGCGGCGCGGCAGGCGCUGUCCGCGGACCAGCUCAGCAGCCUGACCGGCGGGCGCAGCCCCGCGGCCACGAUGCAGGCGCUCGUGACAAACGCGGCCGCGGCGAUGGCGGCCGCGGGCUCAGCGGCCGCUGAGGAAGAGGACUAUGGACCGGCGUCGCUGCACGGGCCCGGCCCGUGCAGCUGUGGGUGUGAUCGCUCGGCCGCGGCCUCGGUCGUGGCACCCGUGGCAGCAGUCGCAGCGGAGGCCAGGGCUGCGGCGGUGGUGCAGGGGCCCCCGUCUUGUGGGGUUGAGGCCCCCGCGGCGCCGUCGCCCCAGGAGGCCGAAGCGCGGGUGGUGGCGGCCAAGCAGGACGCAGACCCCCAGGCCGCCGCAAAACCGCAGGGCGAGAAUGGUGAAGGGGGCAAGAUGGAGGAGGAAAAGGAGGACGCUCCCGCACCUGCUGAGGGCGCUACCGCCGCGGCGCCGCUGCAGGUUUUGACGUCACCCACCGCCUCCUCUGAUGGUCGGCCCUCAGCUGGCAGCGGCUACGGCCUCGCGCACUUGCCGUCACAGCACCAGCUGCUGCCGCCGCCGCCGCAACAGCAGCAGGGCGUGGCGCCGGGCAUGUUUGCGCUGGCCCGUGCUCUAGCCGCGCGCGGCGGCGCUGGCGCGGUGUAUGAAAGCCCCGCGCUUGUCCACCUGCGCUGCAGUGUGAAGGUCAACGGCCUCACGCCGGCGGACUUGCCGUCCAACCUGGCCGGCCGCGUUGGCUCCUACCUUGCCAGCGGCGCCGCGGCGGCGGGCGGCGGCGCCGCGCCCCUGGCGGCGGUGGGCGUGUACGUGCGGGAGGGCUGUGUGGAGAUUGUGGCGGACGUGCUCAUUCCCGCCAGCAGCGCCGCCAACGCCGAGGCCAUGGUCGCCGUGCUGGCAGCCUCCAUGCGCGGCAGCGGUGGCGGCGCCGACGCUGCGGCCGGAGGCGGCGCCGCAGCUGCCGAUGGCGCAGCCGGAGGGCUGCCGCUGCCGCUGCCGGCGCCGCCGCGGGCGGGCCAGCAGCCGCGGCAGCGCCGCAGCUCGCAGCACGCCGCGGCGGCGGCCAUGCUUGACCUGCUGGAGCGCCGCCUGCUGCCGGAGCUCACUGGCGGCGCCGGCGGCGGAGGCGGGGGCCUGACGCUGCCCGACGGUGACCACGUCAUCGCGCUGCAGGCGGCCGCUGGCGCCGGUGCCCCCAACGCCGCCAGCGCCGGCCUCUCGCUGUCGGUGCGCGCCGGCGGCGCGCCCGGCGCGCAGCAGAGCGUGCUGCAGGCGCCGCUGCGGCCGCCCACAGCGGCGGCAGCCGAACACAACAGCACGCCGCCGCUCGCAAUUACCUGCGUCAGCCCCUGCUGCAUCUCGCUGGUGCAGUCAGGCGCCGACGACACGCGCGACUGCCGCGCCGCGGCCGUGACGCUGCUGGUGACGCUUGGCGGCCCCGCGGUCGCCGCCGCCGCGGCCUCGGCUGGCACCGACGAGGCGGGGCUGCCGCGGCUGCUGGUGCGGCACGGCGGCCGCUGCCUGCCGGUCAGCGUCCGCCGAGCGCCGUCGCUGUUUCCAGGGUGCCUCACGCUGGCGGUGACGCUGCCGCUGACGGGCGUGCGGCCCGGCUGCUUGUUCCUGGAGGCAGCGCCGCCAGCGGCCGCUGCGACCGAUGUCGCCGGCGCUGUGGGUCCUGACUCACUGUCGCUGCCGUGGCCGGUGCUUGUGGCGGGUGACGCGCGGGUGGCGGCGGAGGUGAUGAGCCUGCAGGCGCAGCUCGUGGCGGCGGCGCCGCUGCGCGCGCUGGCGGCGGAGAUGGCGGCCGUGCGGCCCGGCGGCGCGCAGCAGCAGCCCAACGUGGAUGGCGGUACGCUGGCGAUGCUGUUGGAUCUGGGCAUGUGGUUUGAGGCGGUGUCGGCGCCGGAGGCGGCUAUGCAGGCCGCAGCCGCAGCGGCGGCGGCCGUGGCAGCCGCUACCGGCCACGCCGCGCACAGGGGCCUGAGCCCGCCGCGCAGCCACGGCCGCAGCGCCGCUGAGGCGUCCGCACAGCUGUUGCCCACGUUGCCGGCUCCUGCCGCCGGCUCCUCGGCAACAGCAUCAGCAGCACAGCAACCCGCAGCUACAGCCGCAGCGGCGAUUGCGCCGCAGUGGGUGGCUGCAGACCCCAUGGAGAUUGACGGCGGCGCGGGCGCCGGCGGGAAUGACAGUGAGGAUGGCGGCAGCGGCUGGGCCUCAUCUGAGGAGGAGGAGGAGCCGGGGGCAGGUGCCAACCAGGCCGCCGCCAACUCCGGCGCGUCCAGUGCCGCAGCCGCAGCAGCCGCCGCGGCCGCUCCUGCUGUCCAACAGGCCUCUGACCUGGACCACGACGUUCCGGAGCCGCCCGCGCCAGCGCCUGCGCCUGCCGGCGGCGGCGCGGCCCUGCAGGCUGUGGCAUCGCCUCUGCCGGUCGCAGUGCAAUUCGGGUCAGGCGCGGUCAUCUCUACGGAAGACAUCGCCGACGACGUCGGCGCCCACGUUGACGACGACGGCCACGACGGCGGGGCGGAGGCGCAGAUGGCGCUGCUGCGCGCUCGGCCAACGGCGCCGCCGCCAGCGCACUUGUCUGCCCUGGCGCCGCCGCAGCCGCCCGAGCUCCUGGCCGGCAGCCUGGACUGCGGCGACGAGUACGAGGAGCUGUGCCGGCGCAGCGCGGCGCUGCAGUCGGCCGCAGCCGGGCUGGGGCUGCGCCUGCUGCGCUUCGCCAUCAGCCGCGGCUGGCCCGCCGCCUCCACGCUGCUGCUCAAGGGCCUGAUGGUGCACUGCCGCCUCUCCUUCGCCGACGUGGUUGCGCUGUUCCCGGCCUCCGGCAGCCUGCCGGCGGCGGCCGCAGCGGCGGCGGUGGCGGCGCCGGGCCUGCCGCUGCUGCACGCGGCCGUGACGUCGGGCAAGCUGAGCAUGGUGCGCGCGGUGGCGGCCUGGGGGCAGCGCUACGGCGCGCCGCUGCGCUGGGACGAGCCGGCGGCGGCGGCUGGCGGGCUGACGCCGCUGCACCUGGCGGCGGUGCUGGAAGACCAUGGUCGGCUUGCGGGCUCCCUUCUUGGCCUGUUCCCGGAGGCGGAGGCGGUGUGGGGCGUGGCACGGGACGCCGACGGCCACACCCCUCAGGACUAUGCCUACAUGCGGGCAUUCAACUACGGUGCAGCCGCAGCCGCCGCCAGCAAUGGCGCCGACUCCGCUGCCGCGUCAGGAUCCGCCGGCGCCGCUUCCGCCAGCAGCUGGCCUCGCGCCGAUGCCACAACUGCGGCGAUCAGCUCUGUGCCGCUGCCCGUCGGCAGUGGUGGCGGAGGUGGCGGCGGCGGCUCGGCCCUGGCGCCUCUGCUUGCGGCUUCCAAUGCCAUCUCGGGUCCAUCGGCGCCGACGCAGACACUGGCCAUGGCGCCGGCGCUGCAGCCACUCGGCGCGGCCGUAAGUCCCAUGCACCUCGCCGGCGGUGCACGCUGGCAGCAGCUGCUGCCGGCACAGCAGCAGCAACAGCAACAGCAGCAGCAGCCGGCUCAGCAGCAGGCGCCGGCGCAACAGCCGACAGAAUUGGAUGCCGUGAGCGGAGGCACGCCACGCGCGAUCCGCGGCGCGGUGGCGGCGGCGGUGGCGGCCGCCGGCGGCCGCGGCGCCAGCGGUGCUGGCUUCCACACCGUGCAGUACUACCGAGACUUCGAUGGAGGCUCGGAGGACUGCGGCAGCAUGUCUGCGGGGCCGGAGUCGCUGUGGUCGCACAGCACCAACGCCACGCAGCACACGCAGCAGUACAGCAUGCAGGCGCACCCGCAGCUUCUGGUGGGAGACAUGCUCAUGCUGUCAGUGGGCGGCGGCGGCGGCACGGCCACCGGCAGCAACGGCGCGACGGUGGCGGCAGGCUACUCCCAGCCCAACAUCCCCUCGCUCCAGGCAGUCCCGGAGCUGCCGCCGCUGCACCAACACAACCACACCAGCGGCGGCCGGCCCAACAUCGCCGACGCCGCCGCCGUGGCCGGUACGGCCGCCAGUGCUGUCGAACGCUACUGCCAGCAGCACCAUCAGGGCCAGCCGCACCAGCAGCAUCAGCAGCAUCAUGUCCAACGCGCCUCGGGCUUCGCCGCGCAGCCGCCAAACGGCAGCGCUGCCAACGCUGACGCCACAUCCAGUUCCACAGGCACUGGCACUGGCCCCACCGCCACCACGACGACCUGCGCCGCGGCGGCUCAGGCCGUGCUCACGCUGGUCGACCUGCCCGACGGUGCCACAAUGCUGCCGCCCCUACCCGAGCUAGGACCCAGCUCUUUCACCUCCGUCACACUGGAGCCCUCAGUCUCGGGGGCGGCGCCGCACGGCCCCGGCGCCGUGCGCGUGACGGGCGCGGCGACGCGGCAGCUGCAGCAGCUGCUACUGUGCACGCGCAACGGCGGCGGCGGCGAGCUGAGUGAGACGCUGUCGUUGGGCCUUGGCGGCAGCGCCUUGCUUGGGCCCGGCGGCGGCGCUUGCUCUCAGCUACCGGUGGUUGCGGAAGGCGGGUCGGGCGCGUGCGUCCCCACCAGCAGCACCAAUCUUGCGCACCUGCCACCGUCGCUGCUGGCAAUGGCGCCGGCUGCGGCGCAAGCGCAGGCGCAGCAGCCACAGUAUCAGCUGCAGCCGGGAGACGCUGGUGGCGGUGGUGUGGAGGGGCUGGAGGGCGGCGACCGCGCAGGAGUUCGGCCGGCAUCGUCUGUGGGAAUGGCGGCGCUGGCAGGCGCGCGGCAGGUACGCAGCGCCGGCCGCCGGCACUCGCAGCCGCACCAGCAGCAGCUGUUACAGAUGGCGGCGCACAUGCAGAACCAAAGCCUCCGCCGCCAACAACAGCAACAGCAGCAGCCUGCGGCAUCGGCGGCAGCGGCUCGGCUUGCUGACCACACGCCGGGACAGGUCCCGCCGCUGCGGCGGCGGCAGCCGCCCGGCCGGCGCGGCAGCGCCUCCGCUGUUGCUAGUGGCCACGGCGGCGUCAGUGUCAGUCGCGGUGCUUCUGCCCCACAGCACAGCACGGCCGGGCUCAUGCCGCUGGUGACGGUUGCAUCCGGCGCCGCCACCGCACCUGGCAGCACCAACGCAUCUGGCAGCGGCAGCGCCGGCGGCUUUGAGGCCGCCGCUGCAGUGGCCGCAUCCGAGCGAACGGUGCGCUUCGCGCCCUCUGUGACGGCGUCAGCUUGCGGCGCAAGCGAGUCCAUCUCUACUUUCAACCCCAGCACCAGCACCGCCUGCAGCCCCUACCAAACCCUAGCCCCGUCGGUUGACGCGUCCGGGGGCGGCGACGGCGGCCAGCUCCAGCCGCUGCGGCCCCCAAGCGCCAUGGUGACGGCGGCAGUCGCAGCCGCGCUUUCCGCCCUUGCUACUGGUGCCGCCGCUGCCGGCGCAAGCGGUGCUCAGAACGCAGCGGCCGUCUCCGUGCGUGUAGGCGCGCCGGCAGCGCGGCUGUCCGGCGGCUCUUCAGACGGUCGGUUUUCCGCCAACUGCCGUCGCAAUGCAUACGCCGCUGACUACGCACCGCUGUCCGGCGUGGCGCGCGAGGGCAGCGGAAGGGCCCAGAUGGCCGCCGCCGCGGCCCCUGCCACGGCGGCGGCGGCAGUGGCGGCGCAAGCCGUUGCGGUGACUGCGCCGGCAAAGCUGCCGCCGUCACUGACGGCAGCGCCCGCCGCCGCUGGUACGGCGCCUGGGAGCGUGGGGCAUUCGGCUGAGGCGCUCCCGACUGCCGCCGAUGCCGUGGGAGCUGGCGAGCGGCCCGCGUCAGCGGUUGGCCAGUCAUCGCUGCGAGCCCUGAGUGUCGGCACGGCCGCGGCCGCCGCGGCGCUGGCUUCCAGCGCUGCGGCGGCGCUCCCCCUGCAGAAGGGCGCUUUUGAGUGGCCUUCGGUCGCGGCCGGUGGCAAGCCGGGAGCGGGUUCGCCGACGGCGGACGACCGCGCGGUGCCGCUUGCCGUGCCGGCUCAGGAAGCGGAGGCCGAGGCAUCGGUUGCAGUGGGCGCGAGCGCGGACGAGGGGCAGGCGUGGGUUGCGGUGGAGCGUGCUCCGGAGGCAGUCGCCGACGCCCAUGUGGCGGAGCCCAGCAGCGAUCAGGUUGCCCUGGCUUUGGAGCGAGAGGAGCAUGUGGGCCUGUGUUGCGAGAUCGAGGUCAAUAAGUUUGAGGAGGUCGCUGGGCCGGAACCGGGGCGUCUAGGGGUGGCAGCAAAGGCGAUGGCCGAUUGCAGCGUGGCCGCAGCGUCGCAGACAGUCUCCCUGCCGCUGCCGGUGAAGUGGUUGUUCGCGUUGGCAGUACUGCUUGUCGCGCUACUGCUGCGCCUGCUACUAGGAGCAGUGACGAUAGGCGUUUGAAGUGGCGCUGUCUCAGCUUUCAACAAGACUGCAAUCGAGUUCAACACAUGUGUGCUUUUUAGAACCUUUCAGUCCAUUCUUUUACACUGUACGUGAGGUCUGCUACUGGUACUGUGCAGCUUGCACUAGGAGAUUAUCAAAGAGCUGACGAGUGCAUGCGCUACCUAGCAGCACUCGGAUGUGGAAGGUGUGGCCGUACGGCUGGGUUGGUUUCCGCUGCAUUUCCUGGUGGAGGGCCGGCGGGUGGCCAUUGUGGGCGGCGGCUGGGCGGGUGUUGGAAGAAUUGUGUGCGCAGCAAGCUGACGCACUGUUGCCUUAUUGCGUUGAGGGAGCGAACAUACGUGGUGUGCCUGGUAGCGGCAUAACACUACCACAGGAGGUCUGUUCACAAAUGGUGGUAGCCUUGCAACGGCAUGCCAGUUCAUAUGAUGGGAGUCGUAACGAAGUGCAGGCGUCACUUGAAGCAUUGCAUUACGAGCUGAUGGCGCGGUCUGUACGAUUGUGGCGGGGUUACGCAGCCGCACGCCAUCCGUGAGCGCCGCCCGUGAGCGGCGCCGGGACAUCAUGUGCCGUCCGUGAGAGACUGCAAUUGCCAAUCAGUGCGGGUGGUAGCCAUGCGGACAACAACAACUCAUCGCGGCCUGUUGUAUUCAUUGAAAUUUUGGCCGCGGCGGGUUGGUGCACGUGGCACUGAGUGAAUUCUUGUAAACAGAGGCAUGGGUGGGGCUCGUGUCUGCUACAAAACGGGAGGCGUAACUGCAAGGGCGGUAGUGCGUGUGCGCCCUCAUGUCGUGCGGAACCAUUACGCAACCAGGCGCUACACUCGAUGCUGUAAAGGUUACUGAUG